UCGGGACUUAGUUGUUACACAAUCGUCUCUGCCCACUCUCAUUCGGCUGUUGCCUGUGCUGGCCGUGCCCGGCUUCUUCUCCUCUCUAUACCGCGCACUCACCGCUCCGCAGCCUCCUUGCACCGCUAGCACCUGCAUCCCCCUCCCCGUUCAUUCCGUGCCCUCCCCCUCCUGUACUCGGUCACCAUGAGCGGGGAUACCAGUCAGAAUGACUCCCAGAUUGACUCGAAUUUUCGGGCGAACGAUUCUCAUAAACAUAAGAAAGACAAGGAGCAUCGUCACAAAGAACACAAGAAGGACAAAGACCGGGAAAAGUCCAAGCACAACAACAGUGAACACAGAGAUCCCACCGAAAAAAAACACAAGGACAAACACAAAGAUGGUGAGAAACACAGGGAGAAGGAUGGUGACAAGCAUCGGGAGAAAGAUGGUGAGAAACACAGAGAGAAGGAUGGGGAGAAGCAUCGGGAGAAGGAUGGUGAGAAACACAGAGAGAAGGAUGGGGAAAAGCAUCGGGAAAAAGAUGGGGAAAAGCAUCGGGAAAAAGAUGGGGAAAAGCAUCGGGAGAAGGACGGGGAAAAGCAUCGGGAGAAGGAUGGAGAAAAACAUCGGGAGAAGGACGGGGAAAAACAUCGGGAGAAGGACGGGGAAAAACAUCGGGAGAAGGACGGCGAGAAGCACAAAGAUGGGGAAAAGCACCGGCAUAAAGAUGGAGAAAAACAUAAAGAGAAACAUCGGGACAAGGAUAAAGAGAAGAGGAAGGAGGAAAAGCUAAAAGCUUCUGGUGAUGGUGUCAAAGUAAAAAAAGAAAAUGGCUUCUCCAGUCCCCCUCAUAUUAAGGAUGAGCCGGAAGACGAGAGCUACACUCUAUCUCCUAAGGAGCAGAUCAAGGCGCUGAAGAGAUCCAGGGAUGACGAAGACUCUGACUACAAGCCCAAAAAAAUAAAAACCGAAGAUGUAAAAAAAGCUAAGAAACGAAAACAAGAGGAAGAGGAUAUCAAACCUAAGAAAAUGAAGGGCAAGGUCAAAGCUCCAGAGGGAGAAGGCAAAAAGAGAAAGGUGAAGAAGGAGGAAGAAGAGAAAUGGAAAUGGUGGGAAGAAGAGCGUCACGCCGAUGGUGUCAAAUGGAAAUUCCUGGAACACAAAGGCCCUGUAUUUGCACCACCCUAUGAACCUCUCCCAGAAAAUGUGAAAUUUUAUUAUGAUGGUAAAGUCUUAAAGCUUGCUCCCAAAGCUGAGGAAGUAGCCACUUUCUUUGCUAAAAUGUUGGAUCACGAGUACACUACAAAGGACAUCUUCAGGAAAAACUUCUUUAAAGACUGGAAGAAGGAAAUGACUGCUGAUGAACGAAAUCUUAUUACCAACCUGAGCAAGUGUGACUUCAAUGAGAUGGCCCAGUACUUCAAAGCCCAGUCUGAGGCCAGGAAACAAAUGACCAAGGAGGAGAAACAGAAAAUCAAAGAGGAAAAUGAGCGAUUGGUUGUGGAAUACGGUUAUUGUAUUAUGGACAACCAUAAAGAGAGGAUUGCAAACUUCAGGAUAGAGCCUCCCGGCUUGUUUCGAGGAAGAGGGAACCAUCCGAAAAUGGGCAAGCUAAAGAAGAGAAUCAUGCCUGAGGACAUCAUCAUCAACUGCAGCAAAGAUUCUAAGAUUCCCUCUCCUCCUCCUGGUCACAAGUGGAAAGAGGUUCGCUAUGACAAUAAGGUCACCUGGCUAGUGUCCUGGACCGAGAACAUUCAGGGAUCCAUCAAAUAUAUUAUGCUGAACCCCAGCUCCCGCAUUAAGGGAGAAAAAGACUGGCAGAAAUACGAGACAGCGCGCAGGCUGAAGAAAUGUGUCGAAAAAAUUCGCAACACAUACCGGGAUGACUGGAAAUCCAAGGAGAUGAAGGCCCGGCAGAGAUCUGUUGCACUGUACUUCAUAGACAAGCUGGCGUUGAGAGCUGGUAACGAAAAGGAAGAAGGCGAGACGGCGGACACUGUAGGCUGCUGCUCUUUGAGAGUCGAGCACAUAAAGCUUUUCCCGGAAUUAGAUGGACAGGAGUUUGUGGUAGAGUUUGACUUCCCCGGUAAAGAUUCCAUCCGUUACUACAAUAAGGUGCCUGUAGAGAAGAGGGUCUUCAAGAAUCUGCAGCUUUUCAUGGAGAACAAACAACCAGAAGAUGACUUGUUCGACAGGCUCAAUACAAGUAUUUUAAAUAAGCAUCUCCAAGAUCUGAUGGAUGGACUGACGGCCAAAGUGUUCAGAACAUACAACGCCUCCAUCACUCUGCAGCAGCAGCUAAAAGAGCUCACAAACUCUGAUGAUAAUAUUCCUGCCAAAAUACUGUCCUAUAAUCGUGCAAACAGAGCUGUGGCCAUUUUGUGUAACCAUCAGCGUGCUCCUCCGAAGACUUUCGAAAAGUCAAUGAUGAACCUACAGGCCAAGAUUGAUGCCAAAAAGGAUCAACUGGCAGAUGCACGCCGUGAGCUAAAGAGCGCCAAAGCAGACGCUAAGGUGAAGCGUGAUGAGAAGACCAAAAAGUUAGUUGAAAGCAAAAAGAAGGCCGUGCAGAGGGUAGAGGAGCAGCUGAUGAAGUUGGAGGUUCAAGCGACAGACAGGGAAGAGAACAAACAAAUCGCCCUGGGAACCUCCAAACUUAACUACUUGGACCCCAGAAUCUCUGUAGCCUGGUGUAAGAAGUUCGAAAUUCCUAUUGAAAAAAUCUACAACAAAACUCAGCGGGAGAAGUUUGCGUGGGCUAUCGAUAUGACGGACGAGGACUUUGAAUUUUAAUGCGAGAGACAAUGUUUGUUUUAUAAUUUGUUCUUAAUUAUUUUAUUUUAAGCCUGGAUGUCACCUCGGAAAGGGAUUUCCUAGAGAGCUGUGAGCCUUACCUUUUAUCAACUUUUAUGUUCAGACGGGAAGGGGAUAUGCAGCAGAUUAAGGGGGAUAAAAAGACCCACAAAAAUAUUGGAUAAUGUCCCCAUGCUGCCUUCGAGUAUUGUCCCAUGGACAAGGAGUUAUAUACAUAUGUACAAAAUGGGAUAUCUGAAAUUGUGAUUUUACAUUUGUUUUUAGGUGUUUUAAGAUGGGAGGUUUUCACCAGGCGUAAAAAAAAAAUCCGCUUUUCAAAAAAGUCUGUAUUAUAGAAUUAAGAAAAUAUCCUGUGUGUUUUUACAGUUAAGAUUUUUUUUUUCAAUAUCUUCUAUUUUAAUAGAAAAUAUAAACUUAACCCUUCCCUUUCAUCUGAACAUAUCCCCUUACCCUGGUUACACUGAAGAGAGGGGCCUAUUAUCUGGCAGCUGAGGGGGUCUCAUUGACUCCUGUUUAACCUUCCCAGUAAACGUGAAACAAUAUUCAAGCCAAUCCCCGCGCGCUUGGUUUGGAGACACUGAAAUGUGAUUCUUUUGUCGCAAUUCUGAAAGGAGGAAAUUUUCUGAAACUUUUGAUAUUUUUUUUUUUUUCUUAAUAUCAAUGUGAAUUAUUUUUCUUUUUUUCUUUGCCCAAGUCUAUCUAUUGUACCAUUAUUUCAAGUAUUUAAUCCUUUUUAUCUUACAAAAAAAAAACCUUUUAACUGUUGUACAAUUGUAGGGAUAUCUGAAUUCUUUUCACUUCAGCAGAUUUUACCACAGAAUUUAAUUUAAUGUGAAGAGUAACUUUUUAGAAGUGCAAUGAAGACCAAACUUGUUACACUUUUUUUUUAUUAAUAAGAGAAGAGCAUUGUCAGACUGAACCGCUGUGCCGCAAUCCCUCUGUUGUAUGGGGUAUUCGAGUCUUAGCGCUAUGAAUGUCAUUUGGGAGCCCGGCCUGGCGGCAUCAACUUUAUUUACUCAUCGUCGGUUGUCUGGAUGGAAUCGAGUGUUUGAAAAAAAAAAUAUUCUAUAUAUUUUACUUGAAUGACGUUACACUAUGGACUUCCUCAUGUCUGUAACAUCAGUUGCAAAAGAUUGGUGAGUUUUUAUUUUUUCUUUGCUUGAAAAAUGCCCGGUGAACAGAUUUGUGACACUUCUUUUUUUUUUUUUUUUUUUGCUUAGGAUGCUUUUAUUUUAUUUUUUUCCUUUUUUUAAUUAUAAAAUCGAGUGUUCAGAAGAGUCCAUCUUUUUGGACAUUACCCCUCCUAUCUUCUAUUUUUAUCAUGAAUUGCCAUUAACUUGAGUGUAGGUUACUUAAAAUAAAACCCUACAACUUGCA